CUUCCGUCGCUGUGUAUACAAUAACUAGCUGUUAGGGCUAGCUAGUCAGACAGGAGAGAUCUUAUUUACUUGUGUACAGAAUCAUUCUGUAAAACAGAUCAUUGGAGUGUAACACAACGUCUUAAUCGUGUGGCAUUUGGUGUUUCCUUUGUUUCAACGAAGUAACCUUGGAAUUGGCCAACCGUGACCCUUCUCUCCUGAUUUGGAUCUUGGCUAAAUCGAAAGUUCGGAAAUCAUGCCUCUUUUUGGAAACACGUUUAGCCCCAAGAAGACACCCCCUCGCAAAUCAGCGUCGUUGUCCAACCUACAUACGCUGGACAGGUCUACGAGGGAGAUAGAGCUAGGUCUGGAAUAUGGUGCCCCUAUAAUGAACAUUGGAGGCCAGAGUUUGAAAUUUGAAGAGGGUCAGUGGAUUGCUGAAUCGGGAGGCAAUGUUUCAGGAAAGGAGGUGCAGAGACUGAAGAAGAGGAACCAGCAGCUAGAAGAGGAGAACAAUCUGUUGAAAUUAAAAGUUGACCUUCUACUCGACAUGGGAACAGAGGAGAGGGCAAAGAAAAGAAAGCAGAAAGGAGAUAUAAUUUUAAGAGCUUAGACUGAGGAAAAGCAAGCAGCUUGCAGAAUUGUCUGAAACCACAGCGGAGACUCACCUCAUUCAGAAGGAACUCGAGGAAGUGAAGAACCACGCCCGGAGGAAAAAGUAAUCUGAAAGAGUCAAAAAUGAUUCCACCAGAUCACUGGGUUGGUUUGUUAAAUAUGUAUAUUUAAUCAAUAAGUAAAGAAUUGUCAUUUUUGAAUAAUGAUUGAAAUCAUAGUAUGCAGAAGCAGAGUAUUGUUUUGUGUUUUUAUACCUUUUCUACAAUAUUUUGGACUGUUCUUUUACAUAAGUGUGUCGCAAUUAAAUGCAUUUUUAAAAGCUU